CUUACGUCCCAUCAUCAUUCCCCGUUUUCUCUUUUUUUUUUUUUCCUUCCUCUUCCUUCGCCGACGAUAAUCUCUUUCGUCCGGCGAAAGCUGUUAUUUUUAUUGUCUCUUCAAGUCCCCCAUAGAGCACAAAAAACUCUUUUCAUCGCCACCAUGUUUCUUGAAUCUCUAGUUUUGUCUCCAUAGUGAUCGAACUACAUCUGUGAGAGAGAGAGAGAGAGAGAGAUUAUUAUUCCCUUUCUCCAACAGAAUCUCUAAAAAAUCUCCCAACUCUUUGUCUCAGAUGAAAAUGUGAUAUUUUCUUCUCUGUUCAAUUUCUAAAAUCAACGACCCGAUCGUUGACUUUUUCUGGGUCUGGUUUAGUUUCAUAUGCUGGAUCUCAAUCUCAGCCUCGAUUCGGUUACUGUUAAAGGGGUUUCUUUAAAUCAGAUGGAUGAAUCGGUGACGUCGAACUCAUCUGUUGUUAAUGCUGAAGCAUCAUCUAGCUGUAUCGAUGGUGAAGAUGAGCUCUGUUCCACUAGAACCGUCAAGUUUCAAUUUGAAAUACUGAAAGGAGGAGGAGACGAAGAUGAUGAUGGUUAUGGUGAUGAUGAGAGAAGUGAUGUGAUGAUGACUAAGGAGUUUUUUCCUGUUCCUAGAGAUGGUAUUAAUUUUAUGGAUUCGAGCGCACAGAGUUCUAGGAGCACCGUUGAUAUAUCGUUCCAGAGAGGGAAUCAAGUUGGAGACUUUAUUGGCAGCGGAAGCGGUGGUGGUAGUGGUGGUGGUGAUGCUGUACGGGUGAUGCAGCCACCGUCACAGCCGGUUAAGAAAAGCAGGAGAGGUCCUAGGUCUAAGAGUUCGCAGUAUAGAGGUGUUACUUUCUACCGCAGGACCGGGAGAUGGGAAUCUCAUAUCUGGGAUUGCGGCAAACAAGUUUAUUUAGGUGGAUUUGAUACUGCCCAUGCUGCAGCUAGGGCUUAUGAUCGAGCUGCUGUCAAGUUCAGGGGUUUGGAGGCUGAUAUCAAUUUCGUUAUCAGCGAUUAUGAAGAGGAUCUCAAGCAGAUGGCAAAUCUUUCUAAAGAGGAAGUUGUGCAAGUACUUCGGCGACAGAGCUCUGGUUUCUCAAGGAAUAAUUCAAGAUAUCAAGGAGUUGCUUUGCAAAAGAUUGGCGGGUGGGGUGCUCAAAUCGAGCAGUUUCAUGGAAACAUGGGUUGUGACAAGGCAGCCAUGCAAUGGAAUGGAAGGCAAGCUGCUUCCUUAAUUGAGCCUCAUGCAUCCCGGAUGAUUCCCGAGGCAGCUAAUGUUAAGCUUGACCUCAACUUGGGAAUCUCUCUUUCACUGGGAGAUGGUCCAAAGCAAAAAGAUAGAGCCCAGCGGCUUCACCAUGUCCCUAACAGUAUAGUAUGUGGAAGGAACACCAAGAUGGAGAACCACAUGGCUACAGCUUCAUGUGAUACGCCUUUCAAUUUCUUGAAGAGGGGUUCAGAUCAUCUUAGUAAUCGACAUUCCCUUCCUUCUGCGUUCUUUUCGCCUAUGGAAAGAACGCCAGAGAAAGGUCUAAUGUUACGUUCUCAUCAAAGCUUUCCAGCCAGGACAUGGCAAGGGCAUGAUCAGUCCAGUGGUGGGACCGCUGUAGCAGCUACAGCCCCGCCUCUGUUCUCAAAUGCAGCAUCAUCAGGAUUCUCACUCUCAGAUACACGCCCGCCUUCUUCGCCAGCUACACCUCAUCCUUCUCAGCCCUUUUUCAAUCUGAAUCAGCCCGGUCUCUAUGUCGUCCACCCAUCUGACUACGCAUCUCAGAACCACCACCACAAUCUCAUGAACCGCUCACAACCACCACCAUAGCUUCCUCCUCCCUCCGUCUAAUUAAGGUUCUAGACAACCCUGAAGUUGGAAUAACUUGGACCCAACCGUGGAAGGCCAGCCAAUACGACGAUUUCUCCUAAAAUCUAUUGCACUUAUUGUCACUGUGUGGUUAUCUUUCUGCUUGUAAUUUGUAACAUAUACUGAGGGCUAAUACCAAAACAGAAACCCUAUCCCAUUUGUAAUUUUACGAUAAUAUCUCUAAGAUGAAUCCAUACAAUGUAAGUACAAUGCAUUCUAUUUGUAUGAAGCUACUGGAAGACUUUUUCA